AUGACGACGAACAAUGCGCUCCCGAGCUUGAGGCUCACGUAUUUCGACAUGCCGGGGCGCGCCGAGCUCAUUCGCCUCGUGCUGUCGCUGCACGACAUCCCUUUCGAAGACGAGCGCCUGACUCGGGACGCGUUUGCGGCGCGCAAGGCGUCGUUUCCGUUUGAGCAAGUGCCGACGCUCACGAUCAACGGCGUCGAGUUUGCCCAAGGUCACAGCCUCGCGCGCUACGUCGGGAAGCUCACGGGCAUGUACCCAUCCGACCCGAUCGACGCGCUGCGCGUCGACGAGAUGCUCUCGUUUCAGGAAGACGUGGUACAGGCGCUAAUCCCGAUGCUCCGCGAGCAAGACAUUGUGCGCAAGACGGCGCUCGCAAGAGAGCUCGCGAGCAGCAAGCUGCCGCACCUUUUUGAGCUGCUGGAACGGCGACUGGCGGUGACGAAAGGGACGUAUGUGCUGGCCGAGACCCUGACGAUUGCCGAUGUUACGCUGUAUGUGCUCUUUGCUACGUUCCAAUCCGGACGAUUCACGCCCAUGGACACUGCGUUCGUCGACGACUACCCGCACUGGCGCGCCAUCUACACCUCGAUGCACGGUCAUCCAAAGGUUCAAGCAUAUUACGCCCAGCAGGUCGAGCGGAGCAAGUCCGAGUAG